AUGAAAGUUUCUUUAAGUUAUUUAGCUACUAUAUGCAUGAUAUUUUUCUUUGCUAUAUUUGUUAGUGUUUCAUCAGGAAGAAACAAUACAAAUUUUAAUGAAACAGAAAAUGCAGCCAAAGCAAUUAGAAAACUAUUAAAUGGUGAAAUAGAUUCUAUCAAAUUAGAAAAUGGAGAUGAACUAAAAAUAGAAACUACUGAUGAAAACUAUGAAAAUUAUGAAAGAAAUAAUAAUUACUCAUUUAUAAGUAAUUAUUCAGAAGAAAAUGACAAAAAGGAUUUAUUAAGAAAAAAAGAACAAAGUAAAAAAAUAGAAAAUAGUGUAAUUGAAGAUAAAGAAGAUUUUUUUAUUUUAGACAGUGAAAAUAUUAAAAAUAUAGCAAAGUUUUUUGUUUUGGAAAAUAAAUUCGAUGAAUCUGAAAUUGAAUUAUUUGAGCAAAGUCUUAAAAAUAUUAUAAAAUCAUUAAAUAAUUAA